UACGUUCUACAAGAUAAUUAUUUAAAUAUCUAUUUUUCCACUUUAAUUCUUUAUCUCUUUAACUCUUAACUGUGAUCUAUGUACAGUUUUUGGAAUUUAUAAAAACCAUUUGUACACAAAAUUAUAUAUUUAAAAUAAUAUACUAAUAAUUGGAACCUCUGCAUUUUAUAAAUCCUUUAAUACGUCUUAUUUUUCAGUCUUUCAAAGUUAUAAGAAAUAUCUUUUUAGAGUGUUCUAGAGGAAGUAUAGUUUACAUAUGAAAGAAAACUGACACUGUCACAAAAUUUAACAUAGUAGAAAAUGAUAUGUAAUCUUAAUUUAUGUAAAUUACUUUUUGUUUCAUGCCUUUAAAUGUCUUCAUCAAUAAACAGCUACUUUUGGCAUUUAGUGGGUCCAUUGGUAUGACAUUUGUCAUACUCGGCUGUGCUUUACCAACUUUUAACAAAGUAUGGUGGCCAUUUUUUGUUGUAUUAUUCUAUGCAUUAGCACCAGUUCCAACUAUAAUUGCGCGUCGCUGUACACAUGAUAAUGGCAAUGCUAGUAAUCCAUGUUUGGAAUUGGCUAUAUUCAUCACAAUGGGAUUUCUUGUAUCAUCAUUUGCUCUUCCAAUCGUAUUGGCAAGAUCUCCAGCUACUGACCCAGUGAUUCAAUGGGCUGCUUGUUACUUGACUUUAGCAGGUAAUAUUGUUGUAUAUCUAACUCUAGUCGGAUUUUUUAUAACCUUUGAACAGGAAGAUGUUGGAUACAACGCGUGGUGAAAAGUUGUACUUCAUUGUACUUAUUUAUUAAUUUUACAUGGUUUUUUACAAAAUGAACGGAAGGAUGUAAACCAUACACUAUAAUAAUUAACAAUAAUACAUUAAUUCUAAGUCAUCCGAAAAUUUAUAAUGUACUAUUUAUAUAAUAUAAACAUUGAUAUGAACUGUUUAUAUUAUAGCCAAUAAGCUACCAUGUGGUGAUUAAAGUUACAAUUUUUCAUUGCACAGAAUUUCUUACAAGUUUCUUUAAUAAAGUUGAAAAUAGAAAUAUAGUGCAAUGUGUGCAAUUUUACACAAAUUUAUAAUUAAGUCUAAAUUAAUUCUUAAAAAAAAAGUCAUAAUUAAUUCUUUAAAACUUUAAUGUUUAUAAAUGAAAAAUAUUUGUAUAAGAAUGGUUAUUGCGUAUAACCAUAUGCUAUUAAUGUGAAAGCAAUGUCAAUGAUUAAUGAAGUAUUUUAUGAACUAUAUAAUAUUAAAAUAGAUAUAGAAAUACUAACUAAAUAAAUAAAGAAAUUUUUCUCUUUAUGGUAUGUUACCUAUUACACAGUCUACUUAUGUGCAGUAAUAUUCAAAUUUCAUGUAUUAUUAUACUUUCAUGGAAUUUUAUACUUCAUAUUAUUGACAACAAUAUUAACAACAUCUGUGUAACAAAAGUAAUCCAUAGAGAUAACAUCCAAUCAUAAUAUUCAUUACAAUAACGUUUGUAAGAACAGGAGAACAUACAGGGUGGGUGAAAUAAAGUGUUGCAAAUUGUUUUUUCCAAAACUACAGUAAAUACCAACUUCAUUUUUAUUUUCUCUAAUUGAGUAAAAUAAUAAGGCUAAUUAGUGAAUUAGAUGGUGAUAGCUUUAACUUCUUACUGUUCUUAUGUAUCAAUUCCUUAGCCUGCAUUUAGAUACUCUUAUAUUUUUACUUUCUUGUGAGCUACUGGAGAUACAGCAACCUCUCCGAUCUUAUCUCACUAUGAAUUUUAUUGUUUUAACUCGCCCGUUCCCUUAUUACUUUAUUAAAAUACUUUAAUUUAUUUUUUAUCAAUUGGAUUUAGAAUUUUCAAUUGUUAUAUGUCACAUAAGAAUCAUUGAUACAUCUAUGUAUGUGUAAAUGAUAUUAAUCAUAAUUAAAUAAUAAAAAGUGAUUUAUAAACCAAACCAUUUAAUGUAAUGAUUACUACUAAUUAUUCCUAUGACGUAUCGCACAAAUGAAACUCUAUAAUAAUUAAAAAUCUGAAAAUUCUGAUGACAUUUUUUUCAAAUUUCAGCAAAUCAUACUAUUCAAGUAAUUUGCACAAAAUGGAUACAAACGCA